AUGGCGAAUGCCAUUACUGGUGCGGCUUUGCGGAUGGCUUGUGCUCUUGGCCUCCAUCGAGAGCAUGGCGUAGAUGUGAAUGGUGGUGAAAGGGAGAAGAUGCUCGCCGAUUUGCGGCGUCGAACGUGGUGGAGUUUGUUCUGUCUAGAUACUUGGGCGUCAAUGACCCUCGGGCGCCCUUCGCUGGGUAGGUUGGGUCCAGCGGUCACCAUCAGACCACCCGAGGGCGCCAAUGAUGCUAAUGAAAACUCUACUACUGGCCAACACAUCCGCGUAGUUCCCGUAAUUGAGGACAUCAAGUUCGCCAGGAUAUCCACUCAGAUUCAAGACACAAUGGCCGUAUCCCCUCUCCCCCGUGCCGAGGAACGCAGCAAACUAGAUGCCCAACUUGUCGAAUGGUCCGACAAACUCCCCUGGGUCCUACGCUCCACAGACCCCUGCCCAGAGGCCCUCUAUACCGCGCGCUGCGUGCUGAAAUGGCAAUACCAGAACAUACGCAUCGUGCUCCACCGCCCCAUGCUUCUCAACCUCGCAAACCGAGGCGCAAACUAUCACCCCACAGCCGAGGAGCUCAGCGCCGUCGAGUUGUGUCGCGCAAUGGCAAAGCAGACUAUCGAUGACAUCUCGUGCGAGUGGACGCAGAACCAGAUCCUGUUCUGGGAGAGCGGGAACACGUCCAUGGUGAGAGAAUGGCAACGCCAGAUCGAGAUUGUGCUGGAGUGCUUUGCCGACAUGGCAGACUGGAGUUUGGCUGCGAGGCGGAGCAGGGAGGUGGUCGGCCGGAUGUAUGAGGCGAGUAAGGGACCUAUUACGCGUCAGGGAAGCCCGAGGCUGCAGGCGCAAUGGGAUGGACAGAUGGAGUCCGGCUAUGGGAGCGGACAAGCGUACCAGCAUAUGGCUGAUAGUGACAUGUCGCCUGGCACGGAGAGCGCACACCAUGCCCAACAAGCGCAGCAGAUGACGGAGAUGAUGAUGGAGGAGGGGAUGCUCCUUGACAACCAGAACAUAUGGGAUUUGGAUGGGAUGCUCUGGGACAACUUGCUAGACGGUCUUAUAUGA